AUGUUAACAAUAAGCAGAGCAAGUACACUAAAUAGUGGCGCAAGGGUUCUUGCAAGGCAAUUUUCUUCAACUCGAGCUGCCCGUCAGGUCAUCAGCAAGUACAAUGAUUUCAAUGGUAAGGACGCAUCACUUGCCAUGGCAAAAGACUACCAUGUGAUUGAUCAUGAGUAUGACUGUGUGGUUAUUGGAGCUGGUGGAGCCGGCUUACGUGCUGCAUUUGGUUUAGUUAAAGAAGGAUUUAAGGUUGCUUGCAUUAGUAAGCUUUUCCCUACGAGGUCUCAUACCGUGGCCGCUCAAGGUGGUAUUAAUGCAGCUUUGGGAAACACACAUCCAGAUAACUGGAGAUGGCAUAUGUACGACACAGUGAAGGGUUCUGAUUGGUUGGGUGACCAAGAUGCUAUACAUUACAUGACCAGGGAGGCACCACCAUCGAUUAUUGAGUUGGAACAUUGGGGCUUGCCAUUUUCUCGUAAUAAAGAGGGGAAAAUUUACCAGAGAGCGUUUGGAGGACAAACCAAAGAUUAUGGAAAGGGAGGCCAAGCAUAUAGAACUUGCGCUGUGGCAGAUAGAACUGGACAUGCAUUGUUGCAUACGCUAUAUGGCCAAUCGCUUAAAUAUAACACGCAUUACUUUAUUGAAUUUUUUGCACUAGAUUUGCUUAAGCACAAUGGUAAAGUUGUUGGGUGCAUUGCUUACAAUCAAGAAGAUGGAACUAUUCAUCGGUUUAAGGCACACAGAACAAUCAUAGCCACUGGUGGUUAUGGUCGCGCCUACUUUUCUUGCACUUCUGCGCAUACUUGUACAGGCGAUGGAAAUGCAAUGGUUUCUCGUGCCGGUUUUCCUCUGGAGGAUUUGGAAUUUGUUCAAUUCCACCCAACUGGUAUUUAUGGUUCCGGAUGUUUGAUUACCGAAGGUGCCCGUGGCGAAGGAGGAUAUUUAAUUAAUUCUGAAGGCGAGAGGUUUAUGGAAAGGUAUGCACCACAUGCAAAGGACCUAGCAUGUCGUGAUGUUGUUUCCAGAGCUAUUACUAUGGAGAUUAACGAAGGAAGGGGAGUUGGAUCUUUGCAAGAUCAUAUGUAUCUUCAAUUAUCACAUCUACCUCCUUCUGUGCUUAAGGAACGUCUUCCUGGUAUUUCUCAGACCGCACGUAUUUUUGCAGGUGUUGAUGUUACCAAGGAACCUAUUCCUAUUUUACCGACUGUUCACUACAAUAUGGGAGGCAUUCCUACAAGAUGGACCGGUGAGGCGCUAACAAUCGAUGAAAAUGGUAACGAUAAAGUCAUACCGGGUCUUCUUGCAUGCGGUGAAAGUGCAUGUGCUUCUGUCCAUGGUGCAAACAGGUUGGGUGCAAACUCUUUGCUUGAUUUGGUUGUGUUUGGAAGAGCUGUUGCCAGAACAAUUAAAAAACAGCUAAAGCCUGGAAUGCCACAUGACGAACUGCCCGCAGACAUUGGCUUUGAGUCCAUUAAAAACUUGGAUAAACUCAGAACAGCCAGUGGAUCUGUGCCAACUGCAGACCUUCGUCUUGAGAUGCAGAAGUGCAUGCAGAAACAUGUUGCCGUUUUCAGAACUCAGGAAAAUAUGGAUGCUGGUAUAAAGGAGCUGGAGAAGAUCGAGGGCAAAUUCCCAAAUAUCAAGACAACAGAUAGGUCCAUGAUUUGGAACACAGAUCUCACUGAAACGUUGGAACUUCAAAACUUGCUCACAUGUGCCAGACAAACUGCUACAGCAGCAGCAGCAAGAAAGGAGUCUAGAGGUGCCCAUGCUAGGGAUGACUAUCCGGAAAGAGAUGAUGAGCACUGGCAAAAGCAUUCUCUGACAUGGCAAACAGAAACAGGUGAACCAAUUAAGCUUGGAUACAGGCAUGUGAUAACGCACACUUUAGAUGAGAAUGAGUGUAAGUCUGUUCCACCAGCCGUUAGGCGGUACUAG